AUGUCUUAAAUAAAGUUUUGUUUACGUCUUUAAGUAUAAUUUGGACUUGGUGUGUACUUAGCAUGUUCUUAAAAUAAUUGGAAUAUAGAUUAAAGUUAUAGGAUGACAUGUAUUUAAGUAAAGAUGUGUUUAAAUAAAUAGAGUAAUUUAUGGGAACUUGUAAUCUAAAUAACAGAUGAAGAAUUAGAUUAUAAAUAUGUGAUUGCAGAUUAUGAUAAUCCUUUAUAACAUACUUAAAUUUGGGAAAGAGGCAACAACAGAAAUUUAAUUAAAUCAAAAUCAAAUAAAUCACAAACAAUAAGUAUACUAUAAUAUUUAUUAAUAUUAUAGAAGAUAUUUGGGAGAAAAGAAAGAUUUCUUUGAAAUUAAUGGCUUUAAAUAAAAAUUCUUUGGCCAUUGUAAUUGGAAGCUUUCCUGCUUUGUCAAGUCCUGUUCAGAUGAAAUUAUUAGAUAAGAAAUCUGUGAUGUAUUUUACUACAAGAUUUUAUAUUGACAUCAUUUAUUCUAAUUAAGUGAUUCAAUUUCAAUACUAUUUGUUAAUAAAAGAUCCUAGUAAUAGUUUCUUUUUGAAUUUUAGCUCCUAUAGAAUUCAUUAGUACUCCAAUAACUCUUGGCAUUUCGGAUAGAAAUUAAGAAAAAUGUCAAGCAAUCUCCUUUUAUAGAAUUGCUAUAUGUUGA